AUGUGUGAUCGUCUGGAUUCUGGUGAAGAAGAAAAAUCCAACAAUAUUGUUUAUCAUCGUUUCAAAAAGAAACUUGUUGAAUCAAAUUAUCAGAUAAAUUGUCGAAAAUGUCAACAAAAUUCGGGCAAAGUUUUAUUGCAGAAAAAAGAUGUUUUCUGCAAUGAUUGUUUGAUUGAUUAUUGUACGAAAACAUUUCGUCAAACAUUGGGAAAAUCACGUCUAAUCAAAACGAAUGAUCGAAUACUUGUUGGAUUUUCCGGUGGUCUAAGUUCGAUUGCUUUGGUUGAUUUGAUUCGCCGAGGAUUGGAUGAACAACAAUUUCAAAAACUUCGUUUCAAACCCUAUCUUUUAUUUAUUGAUGAAUCCAUUCUUGACAAUUCUGAACAGCAACCGAAAUCAUUUUUAACCAAACAACUUUAUGAAUUUAUUUGUCAUCAUGCCCGGAUUGAUUGUUAUUUUAUAUCGUUACAAUGUUGCAUCAAUAAUGAUGAUUUAUCACAGCAAAUGAUUCAUAUCCAAAACAGCGAUGAUGAUACAAUAACAUAUGAAAAUCUUCAAGCGUUUUUUCAGGAAAAUAAUCAAUCUGAAUCGGCUCAAAGGUUUCUUCAUUUAAUCGAACGAUUUCAUAACCCAACUUCCAGAUAUGAUUUCUUGAAACGUUUUAAAUUAUUAAUUCUAAUGAAAAUCGCCAAUCAUCUGAAUAUGGAUAAAGUUUUUGUUGCCAGCACUUUAAAUGAAUUAUCCAUCGAUUUGAUCAAUAAUAUUUCAUUAGGACGUGGUUCGCUGGUACCAAAUGAAAUAAACUUCUGUGAUAAUCGUUUUGGUUCGAAAAAAUUACUUCGUCCAUUAUGUGAAUUGGUCAAUAAAGAAUUGGCAUUUUAUCUAAAAUUUCGUCAUCUCGAUCAUCUUGUAAUGAAAAUGGAUUUUUUCGCCAGUACCCGAUUACCAUUGAAAUCAAGUUUACAUCGUUUGAAUGAACAUUUUUUAACAUCAAUUUCGGAUGAAUUUCCAUCAACUUUACAUACUGUUUUUAAAACUGGAAAUAAAAUUCAAUCAACAACAACAACCGUCGAUAAUUUACGUCGUCGUUGUAAAUUCUGUUUUUGUCAACUUGAAAAUCAAUCCAACAAUAAUGAUGAAUAUUCAUCAUAUGAUGCAUUGAAAUUAACAACAAUUUUAUCAAAACAAUCAUUAAACGAUGAUGAUGGUGAUGGUAAACAAAAAUCUGCUGAUGAUGAUGAUGACCAAUAUUGUUAUUCUUGUAAACGUCUUGCCAAUGAAAUUAAUGAUGUCAAUGAUGAUGAUGACAAAUUUGAACAAUUUUGUAUUCUUUCAAUCGAUUGAUUGAUUGAUUGACUAAAGUUGAUUG